CCUCUGCCUCCUCCUCGUGGCCGGCCGCGGGCUGCUGCGGGCCGGCGGCGCCGCCACCGCCGCCGCCACGCACGGCUGCCUGUUUGACCGGAGGCUGUGCUCCCCCCAGGAGGUGUGUGUGCAGGAUGGGCUGUUCGGGCAGUGCCAGGUGGGCUCCGUGCAGGACAGGCCCUACUUCCAGGUCACCUCGCCCGUGCUGCAGCGCCUGCAGGAUGUCCUGCGGCAUCUUAUGGCACAAGGGCUGUCGUGGCAGGAUGGCAUCACGCAGUACGUGAUCUCUCAGGAGAUGGAGCGUAUCCCUCGCCUCCGCCCACCGCCCUCGCUGGAGCCCGCAGCCAGGGACAGGUUCCUGCCUCUUCGCGGCUCCCCCCGGAGAGCCCUGCACCCCGCAGACCCUGGCCUGCCAGCAGCUCAGCAUCUGGGGCAGCCCCCACCGCUGCUGCCUUCUGCCCUGGUGCAGCGGUACCUGGAGCACCUCCUGUUGCCCCCACCACCCCAGCUGGGCUAUGAGGAAACCCUGCUGCAUCCCUACUCCUACCACAAGUUUGGCUACCAGGAUGGUGCUCACCAGCUCCCCAGCAGCUCAGCCAGGCAGAGCCCCGAGACUGCUGCGCUGCUGGGCCGGGUCCCUGCCCAGGCUUUUUUGGGGGCUGGCCCCGUACCCUCCUAUGGCAGGCAGCCGGGAACGGACGGGGGGCAUCUCUUCCAGGACUUGGGUAUACUCUCCCUGCCCAGAGAGAAGGCCGGCCGCCCGGACCACACCAGCACCAGGCUCCAGCACGGCUCCCAGCUCCCUGAUGACUUCAGGGAUGUGGAAAAACCAUCAGCCCUGGCUGCCCAGCCAGCCCCUGCAGAGACAGACGCUGCCCUGAAGAGGCUGGCCUCUGUCCUGGCCAGCUAUGGCCUGGGGCUGCCGGAGCUGAGCCCCCAGCACCUGAACAGCCUCUCCACCCUCCUGCAGCUGCUCCAGGGCCCUGGUGCCCCUGGCCCUGAGGCACCCCCUGCAAAGCGGGUGACAGAGGGGGACAUGCAGCAUGGAGAGGAGCCAGAGCCCCCUUCCUCCACAGUGCCUCCCCCUGAAAUCCCAGCCAGCAGCUCCUCAGCGGAGGGGCCGUGGGGCAGGGCAGGACACACGCCAGCCCCCCAGGCAAAGCUGCAGCAGGGGCACGGUGGGGAUGUGCUUAGCCCUGAGAAGCUAGUCAGGGUGGAGAAGAAGAGCUACACCGAGGCAAAGGACACUGGGGAGCAACGGGGCGUGCGGCCAGCCGACGAGUACGGCUACAUCGUCACGGACCAGAAGCCACUGGGGCUGGCUGCCGGCGUGCGGCUGCUGGAGGUCCUCGCGAAGCGUGUGCACCUCUCCACCGCCAGCUUCAUCAACAUCAGCGUUGUGGGCCCCGCGCUCACCUUCCGCAUCCGGCAGAACCCCCAGAACCUCUCACUGGCAGACGUGGCCAGCCGGGCCGAGCGAGUGAAGGCAGAGCUGGAGGCAGAGCUGGGCCUGAAGAUUGUGCAAACGGGAGUGGGACAGCGAAACGAGGCUGCCGCCUACCCGCACCCCUCGCGCUUCGCGGACAGCUUCCACUCGGUGCUGCUCACCUUCCUCGCGCUGGCCUGCGUGGCGGGCGUCACCAUCGCGGCGGCCGCCGCCGUCUGCCUGCGGCACCACGCCAAGCAGCGGGAGAAGGAGCGCCUGGCCGCCCUGGGGCCCGAGGGCGCAGCCGACAGCACCCUCGAGUACCAGGAGCUGUGCCGCCAGCACAUGGCUGCCAAGUCGCUGUUCGGCCGCGCGGAGCCCGCCGCGGCGGCGGCGCCGGCGGAGACCUCGCGGGUCAGCAGCGUCUCGUCCCAGUUCAGCGACGCCCCGCAGCCCAGCCCCAGCUCGCACAGCAGCACGCCGUCCUGGUGCGAGGAGCCCGUGCAGUCCAACAUGGACAUCUCCACGGGACACAUGAUCCUGGCGUACAUGGAGGAUCACCUCCGCAACCGCGACCGGCUGGCCAAGGAGUGGCAGGCGCUGUGCGCCUACCAAGCCGAGCCCAACGUCUGCUCUGUCGCCCAAAGCGAAGCCAACUUGAAGAAGAACCGCAACCCGGACUACGUGCCCUAUGACCACGUGCGGAUCAAGCUGAAAGCAGAGAGCAACCCGUCCCGCAGCGACUUCAUCAACGCCAGCCCUAUCAUUGAGCACGACCCACGGAUGCCAGCUUACAUCGCCACGCAGGGGCCGCUGUCCCACACCAUCGCUGACUUCUGGCAGAUGGUGUGGGAGCACGGCUGCACCGUCAUCGUCAUGCUGAGCCCGCUGGCCGAGGACAGCGUCAAGCAGUGUGACCGCUACUGGCCGGACGAGGGCUCCUCUCUGUACCACAUCUACGAGGUGAACCUGGUCUCCGAGCACAUCUGGUGCGAGGAUUUCCUGGUGCGCAGCUUCUACCUGAAGAACGUGCAGUCGCAGGAGACCCGCACCCUGACGCAGUUCCACUUCCUCAGCUGGCCGGCCGAGGGCAUCCCCGCCGCCACCCGGCCCCUCCUCGACUUCCGCAGGAAGGUGAACAAGUGCUACCGGGGCCGCUCCUGCCCUAUCAUCGUGCACUGCAGCGACGGCGCCGGCAGGACUGGGACCUACAUCCUCGUGGACAUGGUCCUGAACCGCAUGGCCAAAGGCGUGAAGGAGAUAGACAUAGCCGCGACGCUGGAGCACAUCCGAGACCAGCGGCCCGGCAUGGUGCAGACCAAGGACCAGUUUGAGUUUGCACUGACUGCCGUGGCCGAGGAAGUGAACGCCAUCCUGAAGGCUCUGCCGCAGUGACGGCGCGGGCCCCUGUCCUCCCGUCCGGUCUUGUCCGUCCGUCCCCCCCACCCCGGCUUCGCGCGCUCUCCUGGCCCCGCCGCGGGGCUGCUCGCCCCGUGCCACGCUCGCUGUGCUGCUGGCUCUGCCCCCCGUCCCUCCCCAGGCGCCACUGCCCCUCUCGUGGGGGGCAGCCCCGCUGCGUGCACGCGCGCGUGCGGCCGUGCACGCCGCAGCUCCCCCCCUGCAACGGCGGCAGGGGCGGCCUCCCUCCGCCCCCCCACCGAGGGGGACCGGGCUGUGGUGGUGGCUCCCCCCUGGCUGCCCUGCACGUGUCCCUGUACCCCCUUCGUGGGGGGGUGCACGUGCAGGGCAGCCUCGGCCUAGCCGUGCCGCCCCCUCCAUGUCACCCCGGCCUUGUCACUCGAGCAGAAGAGAAAUUUCUAGAGAAAUAUAAUUUUGUAUCUUGAUGUGAAUAAAGUUCUCGUGUCGCGUUUGUGCAGCUGCA